UAGUUUUAUAGCAAUAGUUGGUAUCUCGCCCCGCCUAGAUUCGGCGAAUUUCUCGGUGCCGGCGACACCCGACAUCCCCAUGAACUUACUGGAAAAGUUAAAGAUGCAGAAGAAUCAGGCUACGCCUACCCCGUCGCCGUCGAUGUCUAGUGACCCGGUUAACUGGUUGGAAAUCUCUGGGUCUGUCAGUCGCCGUUAUCAGUUUGAACCUGAUGGUGACCUUUCUGUGAAAGUGGUUAAUGACUCAAGACCCGUGUUUAACAGAGUAGCCGAAUCCUUUGUUACUAAAUUUUUCCCUGCAGGUUAUCCAUAUAGUGUAAAUGAGGGGUAUCUUAGGUACACCCAGUUCCGGGCAAUGCAACAUUUCACUAGUGCGGCAUUAUCUGUUCUAUCAACACAGUCAUUGCUAUUUGCUGCGGGAUUGCGACCUACUCCUGCACAAGCGACUGUUGUCAGUUGGAUUAUAAAAGAUGGCAUGCAACACAUGGGGAAGCUUAUAUGUAGCAAUCUGGGUACAAGGAUGGAUUCAGAGCCUAAAAGCUGGAGAAUUCUUGCUGAUGUGCUUUACGACUUGGGUACUGGUUUCGAAGUUUUAUCUCCAUUAUGCCCACAGUUAUUCCUUGAAAUGGCAAGCAUAGGAAAUUUCGCCAAGGGAAUGGCAGUUGUUGCAGCUAGGGCUACAAGACUUCCAAUAUAUUCUUCAUUUGUGAAGGAAGGCAAUCUUAGUGACCUGUUUGCAAAAGGAGAGGCCAUUUCAACUGUCUUCAAUGUUAUGGGAUUAGGAGUAGGAAUCCAGCUAGCAUCUACUAUUUGUUCAUCAAUGGAAGGGAAGAUGAUUGUUGGACCAAUCAUGUCCGUAUUUCAUAUAUAUUGCGUUUAUGAAGAAAUGCGAGCUGCGCCUGUGAACACAUUGAAUCCACAGAGGACUGCACUGAUCGCGGCUGAUUAUGUCAAGACAGGGAAAGUAUCAACCCCAGCAGAUCUAAGAUAUCGAGAAGAUCUUCUAUUUCCGGGAAAACUUAUUGAGGAAGCUGGCAAUGUUAAAGUGGGGAGGAGUCUUGAAAAAGUGUUGAAGCCUUCAAAACUUCAGAAACUAAGGACAGCCUUUCCUAAAGAGAAGUUCAUUUUGAGUAUAGGAAACAAAUGGACAGAUAUGGUAUUGGAACUCGAUGCUAGCGGUGAAGAUGCAUUGAGGGGCUGGCUGGUUGCUGCCUAUGCAUCGGAAAUGGGGAAAUCUGUUGAUGAUCCGAUUGUUGAUUUAUUUGGACGAGCUUAUGAGAAGAUGGAUAGUACAUUUGAUUUGUUUGUAUCUGAAUUGCGGGGUAAAGGUUGGCAUACUGAUCGGUUUCUUGAUGGAGGAAGAAGCAGACUUGCAUGGAGCUAGCCGAAUGCAUUUUGGUAUGUUAUCGGUCCCAUAAUAUACUAUCAAUAUUGACGAGAAGUUUAAUGUUGUUUUUUAUGGUAUCAUCCUGUGUGAACAAGUUUCUCAAUGUUUUUUUUGUUUCUCAAUUCGUGGAUUUUACAUUCGGUAUGAAAACCUUAGACAACAACAAACGUCGGAGUAGUAUGGAAUUCGGUAUAUCUCGUCCUUAUCGAGCUCAUUCAGAGUUUCAGACAGUACCUGAAACAGAAAAAAAUUAUUG